UCUUUGAGCGCGCUGAACUGGUGCCUGGACGGGAUGAUCUGGUCGCCACAUUAACUUGGAGUGCGCGCUACCAAGUGCAACACGUCGCGGACGACAUAAUAUCGGUACUUUGCGGUCUAGAUUCGUCGGUCACACGUCGCCAAUAUCCCGUAUCCCAUAUCCCUAGACCAGGAAGAGCCAACCUUUCUUGGCCAGGACAAAAAGGAAAACAAACGCAGCAAAAAAGAGUGAAGUAAACGAGGAGCAGAGGCCAAAGAGGAGGCCCAGAGGAAAACUUGGACACAUACGUGCACGCCUAGCUUGUUGCUGGCUGUGGGCGUGGCAGAAAAACAAGGCUGAAAACAAACAUACACCCAUACAAUAGUAACAAUUCACAUGUGUCCUGCCAGUGUGUCGCGGAAAUUUUUGUGCGGAAAUUAUAGAAAUUUCGCUUUUUGAUUUCAUUUUCGUUCCGCUUUCGUUGGCCUCCCACCCGACACUCCUGCAGUCCUCGAGCGCCUCCUUUUCUGUCCCGUUAUUGUGCACCUGAGGAAAUGCCCAAGGAGCCCACCUUGGCUGCCGUCGGUGUCCAGUUGGACUCGUCCUUGCACUGACAAAUUUCCUUGCAUAUCCGUUCGAGAACUGAACGACGACUUGCGAAACCGUUAUUUGCGUGGCGCGUCGCUGUCGCGUUCACUUGUCGCAUAUCCGUCGCCAUUUUGACAAUAAUUUCAUUUCCGGUGUGCAAUUUGUACGCACUUGAGUUGAGUGAUUAACUGCAUUGAGCGAAGGCAAUAGUGUAGUGUUUUCAAUUCCAAGUUCUCCAGCGGAAGUUCGAAGCGGAGUAGUAUUUUCGGAUAAGCUCACUUUCCAAAACAAGCACAAUCCUGAGAGUCAAGUGGAAUCCCUUGUUUAGCCAACAGCCAGCCAUCGAGGCUCCCCAGGCGUGCGCCAUGUACGAGAAUUCCUGUUCGUAUCAGACGGCGCUGGACCUGAAGCGAGUCUCUCCGCCCUCCCUUGCCCAGGUGAAGACGGAGGACUGCCUGACCCUCGGGCAGUGUUCGCCGGACUGGACCUCCUACCGCUUCCAUCAGUCCACUUUUGAGCAGCUUAAGCAGAGCGUAGAGAAGGCAAAGGCAGCAUUGCAGGAUCGCAGCAGCUUUUUCGGAGCCGGUAGCGCAUUCAGCGACAUUUACUCCAGCCAGCGUUUAACGGAUAGCCUGGACACCCUGCCCGUUCAGUCUGGUAAUGGAACCGGUAACUGUCUCGGCCUCCCACACAAUCCCAAUGUCGGAGUGGGUGUCGGUGUCGGCGUAGGCGUGGCUGGGGUCCUUAACUACAAUACGGUUAGUAGCAGUACGGCCGGAGUCCUGGGCAGCAGCAGCGGCGUGGGCAGUGGGAGCGGUAGCAGCUUACAGCGGCACCGGUUGGACACGCUGCAACCGCCAGCCGGGUGUUCACCCGCCGGCACCCAGCACGGUGUCAUCACGUCCAGUGCCGGACAAGUUUCGUCCGGAACUUUGGAUGCGGUUAGUGCGGCUCCAGCUCUGCCAUCGCUAACGGCGUCCAGUUCGUCGCACGUGGAGCACAAAGUCAGGACAGAUAAAUCCUCGCUGGACUGCGCCACCACAUCAUCGCACGCCGCCGUUCCCUCGGCCUCGUCCUCGAGUGACCAGCAGCAGGGCAGGAUCAGCGGCAGCAAGAGCAAUAGCAACUCCACAGGAGCUGGCGGAGCAACAGCAUCUGGAGGUGGCGGAGGAACAGGAGCCGGUAACUCUUCACUCUAUUCCUCCUAUAAAUCGUCGUGGGGCUCCCACAGCUCGACCCAAUCACAAGGCUACAGCUCGAACGCCCUGAGCAUCAAACAUGAUCCCCACUCGCAACUACGGCAACCUGAUCCAUAUCAAAUGUUCGGACCCACCAGCAGCAGACUGGCCAGCUCAGGCUCCGGCCAGAUCCAACUAUGGCAGUUCCUGCUCGAACUGCUUUCGGACUCCAACAAUGCCAGCUGCAUCACUUGGGAGGGCACCAAUGGCGAGUUCAAGCUCACCGAUCCCGACGAGGUGGCCCGUCGGUGGGGCGAACGCAAGUCCAAGCCCAAUAUGAACUACGACAAGUUGAGCCGCGCCUUGAGGUACUACUACGACAAAAACAUAAUGACCAAGGUGCACGGCAAGCGGUAUGCGUACAAAUUCGAUUUCCAAGGCCUCGCCGCUGCCACCCAGCCGGCGGCCAGCGAUCCCACCUACAAGUACCAGAGCGACUUGUUCAUGACACCAUAUCACCACAGCGCCAAGCUCAGCUCGUUCAUGAGUCCGCAUCACGGGAUGACCUCAUCGUCGGCUUCCAUCUUCCCGUCGGCAGCCUCUUGGGGCAACUGGGGCAGCCCGGCCACGAACCUUUACCAGCCCCACUCGAUGGGCCAUGUGACGCCCUCCCACGUGGCGCCCCACCUGAGCAGCUAUCCCCACUACGCAUGACCAUCAUCGUCCGGUGGCGCCUUCUAAUAUGAGAGCAACGCCAUCGCCAGUGCCUCUGGCAUUGGCGGCGGCGGCGGCACCACAUCGACGGGCGUGGGCCUAGGCGUGACAGGGGGCGGGGGUGGCACUGCUGCCACCAGCACAGGUGUGGGAUCCACAUCCAGCAGCACAACAAGCAGCGGGGGAGCAGCCGGUGGGAGUGCAACUGGUGGGAUGAGCGGAUUUGGCGGGAGCUCCAAUCUAAAUGGCUCCCAUGUGUCCACCAGCGGGGGAGGGGGUGGAGGCGGAAGUGGUGCAGGAACCUCGGUGAGCAACAACCUUAAUAUUGCCACGGCCACCUUGACGGCGGCACCGGCUCAUACCAGUGCAGGAUUCGGCACCCUUGGCGGACUCAGUGUGACCGGAAUGGGCGUGGGGGUCGGAGUGGGAGUGGGCGUCGGAGUGGGCGGUGGCAACUCGACGCUCAACUCCCUGGUAGUGGGCAACCGGCUGAUGAACAGCAGCCUGCCCACGCUGCUCAAAUGAUGCCACUUGGAGAAGUUCGGACUGACGAUGGGCGCGGGGCCUUCGCCGCCGGCUGCCACGCCCGCCGCCUCCGUUUCCGUCGGUCUGGACAAUAUACCGCCGGCGUACCACCAUCCCGGACACACCGGACUUCCCGGACACGCCGGCAAUUACGGCGCCAACGAGCGGGCCCUCUACGAUUAUCUGGACAUGAAGAGCGGCGAGCAGGCCCCCUUUUUACUCUAGAGCCUAGGGCCUAGAGUCUAGACAAAAAGAAAUACUUGUAACCAGAACCACCAGAAAAGAUCCAAACAAACGAAACAAAAUCUUAACUUAACGCUGGCAGCAGAUAGGCUUGCAGCGGAUUUUAUUCAUAGGUAUUUAGCGAAUAUAAACCCACAACCCCCUGAAACCAAAAAGCAACCCUAAGCUCUUAAUAUUUUAUGUGGUGCGAGAGGAAUGGCGCCAGAGUUAAUGGAGCGGGUUAAUGGAUCCAACUCUCCACUACAAUACGAUUAAGAAAACAAUUCAAAUAGUUGGCAUUCGAAGCAACAAAAAACAUAAUAAUGAAAACAAAAGUCUCAGUGUUUUUAGAUUUUAGACCAGAAGAAAUAAGAAUAUAUCCUUCUCUCGAUUCACGCAACUUCAAAUAGAUCUAGACUUCUCCAAUUGUUGUUAGCAUUUGUGUGUGUGUAAAGCAUUUGUAAAUAGCCAAAAUAAUAGUAAUAUCAUUCCAAAGUCUAGCACCCAUCAGAAAUUAAAUGUCUAGCGUAGAACUUUGCUUCGAUUUACGAUCUGUAAAUAGGGAUUUCCAUACGCAAGGCCUAAAUGUAAAAAAUGUCUAGAAACUAACGUAGUCCCUUGUGUGUCUACAGUUGCACACAGGAGUACACAUUUUGGUUGCACAUUUCUUAAAUUUUCGUUUUGAGAUGGUUGACUGUGAUAGUUGAUUGUACAGUUAAAACUCUUACAUAUUUUUUAACAACCCUUAUUACAAACGAACAAAUAUUUAAAUAAAUUACGAUAACAUAUUACUCCCAACUCUAGACAUACUCUAUAUAUAUUUGUGUGUAAAAAAGGCAACUUUUUAAAUGUAAGUCAAACUAGUCUUUAUAGUUGUAAGUCAACUAUAAAGAUACGAGGCAUAUUAUAUAUACAAAUUAAAUAUGUAUAACUAUUUCAAUGUGUACUAAUCGUUAACGAUCUAAGUGUAUACAAUUUUUAAAUUCUGAAUGUAAGCUCUAAAAGGCGAAAAAAAACCAAAACUUCAGUAUAAAAAUGUUCAGAAAACAAGAAUCAUCAAUGCCCACACACCGAAACCCUCUAAGAAUUUAGUUAAUUUAAGACAAAACUUUCAACAAAAUAAAACCCAAUUCAAAACAGAGUCGGAUUCUUAUCUGUUACACCUUG